AUGCCUCACAAAAAUGACCGAUCUAUUGAGUGGCCUUCUAUUGAAGAGUUUCAAUAUCAACAUUUGCAACAAAAGGGUGAAUGGUUCUUUAACCUCAACAUUCCCCCCUCCUUGGUCUCUGCCUGGCAUUCCAACGUUUCAAACAUACCAACAUUUUCAACAA